AUGGGUGCAUUAUGUACAUCAAGGAGGAAAAUUGGUGGUCGUAUAGGGCCACUCCAACAGCCAGCUGAUAUUGGCGCAAGCUGGUUAAACAUUCCCAAGCAUAGUUUCAUCCUAUGGCUUUCUAUGCUUAAUAGAAUCAAAACAAAAGACAGGUUGCAGUAUAUGGAUCUUGAGAACUCAAAAUGUUUACUUUGCAACAUUGAAGAUGAGAUUGUGCCUCACUUAUUUUUUGAGUGUUCCUUCUCUUUAGAAUGCUUGGAAAAGGUGAAAUCAUGGCUGAAUUGGGGAAUGGCAGCUACUACCUUGGAAAGAAUUAUAAGGUGGUUAAGGAGGGCAAAAAUAAGCAAGGUAAAGAAGUCAAUCUUAGUUGAUGUCAUAGCAGCUCUUGUUUACGAAAUAUGGCGCACAAGAAACAAUAUUUUUUGGUAA